AUUACAUAAUUUCCGACAUGGCGCUGGCAUCGACGCCGCAGUUUCCUUUACCACUGUGCGUCAGGUGCGGUGCGGUGUGUUGAACAGUUCCGAUCGGAUAAAAAAACAUAAUAAUGUUCUCCUCCCUUAUGGACGCGGCGAGGAACUCGCCCUUCCGCGGGCCUCUGUCGGGCGCCCAGUGCCAGGCCCCCACUGCACCGCCACAGAUCCAGCAGAGCGGCAUGGCUGCCGACGCUGCCCCCGUAGACUCCUGCGAAUUCGCCUCCCCCAAGUACUUCGCGCUGUGCGGUCUUGGCGGUAUCCUGUCUUGCGGUAUCACUCACACCGCCGUGGUGCCGCUCGACUUGGUCAAGUGCCGUCUCCAGGUUGACCCUGAUAAGUACAAGAAUGUAGUCAACGGAUUCAAGGUGUCCGUCCGCGAGGAGGGCAUGCGAGGUCUGGCUAAGGGCUGGGCUCCCACAUUCAUCGGUUAUUCGAUGCAGGGUCUCUGCAAGUUCGGGCUCUAUGAGGUCUUCAAGGUUGGCUACUCCGGUCUCUUGGAUGAGGAGACGGCCUACGUCUACAGAACCUUCGUGUAUCUGGCUGCAUCAGCUUCCGCUGAGUUCUUCGCUGACAUUGCCCUGUCUCCCCUCGAGGCGGCUAAGGUCAGAAUCCAGACCAUGCCCGGUUUCGCCAACACGCUGCGUGAAGCGUGGCCCAAGAUGGUCCAGAACGAAGGCUACGGAACAUUCUACAAGGGGCUGGUCCCGCUGUGGGGCAGACAGAUCCCAUACACCAUGAUGAAGUUCGCCUGUUUCGAGAAGACUUUGGAACUGUUGUACCAGUACGUGGUGCCCAAGCCCCGCGAACAGUGCACCAAGGGCGAGCAACUGGUGGUGACAUUCGCGGCGGGAUACAUCGCCGGCGUGUUCUGCGCUAUCGUGUCGCAUCCCGCCGACACCGUCGUCUCCAAGCUGAACCAGGACAAGACAGCGACCGUCGGAUCCAUCGUCGGCAAACUCGGAAUGGCCGGCGUAUGGAAGGGUCUCGGACCCAGGAUCGUCAUGAUCGGUACCCUCACCGCUCUGCAAUGGUUCAUAUAUGACGCCGUCAAGGUAUGGCUCAGGAUGCCCCGACCACCGCCAGCGGCCAUGCCCGAAUCGAUGCGCAAGAGAUUGGAAGCCGAAGAGGCCGCUAAGGCCAAGUGAAUUAGAACCAUUACCUAACAACACUAGCUUAAGAAAUGAAGCACUCCUUAUGGGGACGGAUAAUCGUAGUACUGUAUAGCAAAUAUGUGAACUAAUAUGCUACUAGUAAAUUUAAGGUGACAUUUCGUCAGUUUAAAUUGAAGUUGUGUAUUUUUUCUCAAGCGAAUAUCACUUGUACACGUGAUCGCUGACGUAUGUGUAGCCGUAUCGCAAGUCGCGUUGAAAAUAGAUAUUAAUUACCACGCGCGUAAGACAUGUUUCAAUGAAAUUUUACGUAACCAAACGCGAAUACUGCGAUAAACCGGCUGAGCGAUUAUUAACAGUAUUGAAAGAAUGAUAUGGUCGAUUAUCCAGUGGCAGUGUUGUUAAGCUUUAGAAAACAAAUUGUACCACACCGCCACACUGUACUGUAUAGUUCCCAUUGUGAUUACCAUGUUACAAUAAUAAGUUUAACGAAAUCAUGUUAAUUUAUUUUCAAUAAAUGAUUAUUUUAUUUA